UUCGUAGUUUACGAAGUAUGACGAAAGCGAAGAGCGUGACGUAAAGAUUGUGCGUUCUUAUUAUUCGCCAGUAUUCACGUACGUUCUCUAGGUAGAUUCUGUUGAGUUGGAUUCUCGUAACAAGGAGAUAGAUUUUAAUACGAAUUGGUAUAAUAAAUUAGAUAUAUUUCCCUUGAUUGAAACUAUAUCUUAUUUAUACAGAAAAGAAAAUGGCUGGCGCAGGAAAUGCUAGUGCCGGUUCUGUUUUCCAAAAACUCGGUUUGAGACCAGUUACAAAAUAUAGUCUUGUUAAAUACUAUAUGCCGGCUUUCGGUGUUGCUUCGUAUACAGCUUUAUCCGUCAAUGUGAUGAAUCCAAGUCUCGUCAUCAGAAUAUUUCCAAAGAAAGAUAUCACGAACUACUUACUCUUUAGUGCGCUAGCAGGAACUGGCUCAUACUUUUAUACCAGAGAGCACAUGGAAAAAGCUCAAAUCAGUACGAGAUUGUUAUAUAGUGGUACUGGAGCAUUGUUGCUGAGUUUUGGUUCAGUUUUGAUGUGGGCUGUUCUACGAUCCAUUGUACCACCAAAUCCAACUUUAUGCACUUUAGUUGGUAUUGGUUCAGGAUUACUUAUUAUUAAAGUUGGUUCUAGCUAUAUGGACUAUAUUGAUAAUCAGAUAGCUAAAAAGUAGAUGACUAUUAUUGUUUUAUUUAAUUUCAUUUAUUUCGCACUAAAUUUAUUAUUAAAUAACAGAAAGAUAUAAUAAUCCAUAUGCCAUUGGGUAACUAGAUAUCAUCAAGCUGCAUAAUACUUGUAGUUUUCUAAAUUUUAUAUGGUUGUCUCUAUUUGUAGUAAAUGGAUAUAUUAUUGAAAACUAUGUUGAGUAUUGUUAGACUUAAUGCCUAACAGCUAUUUAUUUACUGUAUUUUUGCUUUUAUUUCUUUUUUUUUUUUUGGUUAAAAUAAUUAUCAAUAUAGUAUUCAUUGAAACGUAUAUCUUAUAUCCAACUACAGGAGAUUGCUGAAGUAUAUUGAAUUAGGUGAGAAGUAAUUAUAGAAUAGAAGAGAUUAAUGCUAAAUUUUUUGGAACAAAUGUUUCAGUAUUUUGACAGCUAUGUUUUGUGAAUUAUACUGAUUUUUUGUUUACAUGAGAUAUACAAUGCAAAUGAGAUUGAUCGUUUUUAGAAAUUAUUUCU